AUGUCGACCUCGACACGUGAAAAUAUCACGCACCCGCCGUCAUGGGCCAUGGAAAACCUCGUCGGCAACGCGAACCUCCGGCUCGGGAUUCCGGACACCAUCUUGUUCAGAGAUGGUGCACCGCACGUCUGGCUCUUCACAUCGAAAACGGGAGAUGUCCUCAAUAAGAGGUCGUUGCGAAAGUCCAGCAUCAAGGAGAGGUUCACACGCCUGUUCGCCACUAACCCCAACAACCCUCAUCAACGCAUAGCAACAGUGCGGUUCAUGGACGGCACGGUCCGGAAUCUCGGGAGGGAAGCCUUCAAGGAGAUGAUGAGCAAGUUUCCGGCAACAGAGCCAGGGAUUGUGUGCAUCCAGUGCUACAUGCAGGGGAAGGGAGCCAGUGGGACGGUCUACCGUAACUCUUACCGGGUCGUAAACGACAAGGGUCUCGCCGUGACAGGAACGAGCUCGUUCACCACACUCGCCGCCGACCAAACGGCAGCGACCCCGUCUUGCACGUGGAGCGAACGGGAGAUCAAACUCGAGAAGUGCUUGGCUUCUAGCAUAAACAAGGCGCUAGACGCCGUCACGUUGGGCAUCGUGCGCUUCAUCGAAGCCGAGCAGGAUAAACCCACCCGCAUCCUCGGCCUCAUGUGCGACUACGUCGUGGAUGCCGCGAGUCAAAUCUGGCUGACUUGGAUGGGAGAGACGACAAUUGCGGUAGCAGACGCAGCACGAGAUCUGCGACUCGCCAACGUUGCGAUGGAGGGGCCGCGCGGGCGCGGCGAGUUUCUAGGCCCACAGAACGCGCUCGACAUGCAGAGAGAAUUCGGGGGUCCUGCGGGUCCACGGAGAAAGAGCCGCCGUCGGGUUGAUUGCCCACCAGCAGGGGCGGCGUCUACAGGGAAAGAAGCAGACUUGGGGGAAGCUAUAGACCGUGCGGCGGAAGUGGUCGAGCUACCGUGCGAAAAAGUCGGCGCCGGAGGCUCGGGGGGUAUUGCGAACGCGCUCUCCCGCGUGAAAGCGACUAAAAAUGGGCCCAUGGUUUCGCUUCCGGGAGCAGGACCUUCGUCGUCGGUAGUGGCCGGGUCGUCUUCCUCUCCCUCGUUGGCGGGCAUGCGCGAACAGAACGUAGACGCCACCAUGAGAGCAACUCUGUCGACGAUGACAGUUGGGGUGAAAACCGGCGAGGCGUGGGAGGCCAAGGGUAGUGGUGGCAGAUCACUGGGGGAGAAACGGUUUCCCAGUUCGUUCGCAUGCGCUGGGGACUACUGCACGAUCCGAGUACUGGACCCGCGAGAGGACGCAGAUGACCCGCGCAAGAAACGAGAUCCACAAGGGUCGCUGCUCGAUCCGACUAUUUCCGACAAAGAUUUUUUCACGGAGGUGGCCACACGGCUGUUCAGCGGGCAAGAACUGUCCGCCCUUCGCAGAGAUGCGAGUUUCCGCCGUCAGAUAGAGGAGGGUCUCGUGAUGGAGGUGAGAACACCGUCAUCCACGACAGCGGGGGCGGGGAGUGGGGAAGGGGGACAACAUGCAGGAGGGGGAGCUUCCGCGCCAGGAAGACAUAGCGGAGCUGGUGGAAGACCCAAAGGCGACCCCGUCGCAGGGGGGCUGAAGGACAGGGACCCUACGGCUUGGUCCGAGGUUUCGUGGAAGAGCAUAAGUCUAGCGAGAAGGGGAAGGGAGAAUCGAGCGGGUGGCGCCAAGAAGGACAAAAAAGAGCUGUCUCUUCUUGACUCAGGCGAGACGAAAGACAGGCUUGAUGCGGUGGGAAAGGGUGGGGUGGGGAAGGGUCCAGAUGGUUCCAGCGGCAGCGGGGAAGGGCAGAAGGAUGCUCGGAGACGCUCGCUGCAGGAGACGGAAUCUAGUACGAUGAGGCAGCACGCUCGCAAGAGGGAGGACGAGUUCCUAGCAGGAGGCGCCCAGAACUUUUACAAAACUGUUCGCGUGUGCGGGUCUUGUUUCAGGGUGUACGCUCUGCUGGACAAGGCGCGGGCGGCUAUCGCCCGUCAGGAGGCCCUCACUGCGGAAGAGCUUGCCGUGUGCGAGCGGUCAGACUUCCUUGACUCUUCUAGGUCUUCCGUACCGCGAAGACGGCGACCAAGAGCGAAGCAGCACGACCUUUACGGUGCACAAGAAGAUACAGACCCGGUGAGCGUGAGCUCGGACGAGCUGCAAGAGUGCCGCCGCCGACGACGCGGCGGUGGCGCCGACAGCGAUUCUACCCGAUCAACCGCUGCGGGUGCCCUGCCUACUCGCCCUCGCAGCCAUGGAGACGACGACAGCCAAGCCAAGAAACAGCGUCGACACAGGGCGGACGGGGGUAAUGGGUUUAGCGGGAGCGGGCGGGAGGCUCACACAUGGAGAGGGAGGCUGGAAGAAGGGAGCGGAGCAGGUCAGAACAAGGGCAAGGGGCACGCCAAUUGCCCGGCUCUCUCGUCCGGGAAAAAGUUUGAGGACCUGGACAACUACCUCCGAGGGUGUGCUUCGGCUUCGGCGGCCAAGCGUGAGAAAAGGAAGAGGGGGCUAGGGUUAAGUUGGGGUAGCGGCGGCGGGGAAAGCUGUGCAGGGACGACCACCGACGGGAGCUCGUUGUCGUUUGCCGAAGGGCACGAGGACGAUGACGGGGAGGAGGAGGGAUCGGGCCUUUUCCACGCACGGGUUCUGCUCGCCGAGGCAGAACCCAGAUCUGCCAAGAAGAUCAAGGAGACGCUUGAGCAAGCGGGGUACAUGGUUACGGUGGAAGAGGACGGCAAACAGGUGCUCGAAGCUUUGAUCGACGGCGACGGGGAGUGGGACGCGCUCGUGGUCGAGCGAGACACGCCCGUCAUGGACGGCUUCCAGAUAGCCUCGGCCCUGAGAGACUUUGAGAAGGCGCGAAGAAACCGCUCUUCCAUGGCGCGGGCGGCCGCGGUGGAAGGGCACGCGAAAGCAGGCGGCGGUGGAGCAACGACGGGCGGCCAAGGCCGACAACAGGAUGAUGGAGCCCCAUCGUCCGUCCCCCCAGCCGCCGAGCUCAGACACCUGCCGAUAAUAUGCCUCACUUCAAAGGCCUCUCCGGAUGACCUCCGCUCCUACAUGGCCGCCGGCAUGGACGGCUGCAUCUCCAAGCCCGCUGAGCCGGGACCCUUGCUCAACACUCUCCGCGCUGCGAUCCCACGGCAUCUCUCUCGGCCGUCGUCGAUAGACGGAGGUCCGCUCACGAAUGGGGCUGGUCCCGGCCGCGGCGGCGGUGGCGGCAUGAAGGUCAUGCAGGGCAAGGGGAUGGGAGUGCUGACAGGUUCGGCGGCGUGCGCCGCUGAGGGCAUGGCGCUAGCCCCGAGGCACGAGGGCAGCGUGGAGGGGAGCUUGCAGGCGCUUCUCUGGAACUAUCCUGGUCAGGCUUUCAGUGAGUGGAGAGAGCAGCAACUGCUCAAUAACGAGUACCUGUCCACCAUCCUGCAGUACCUCUUGCUGCACCUCGGCAAGAAGAGCAAGGGCGGCACCGGGGAUUUCGACUCGGACAGGCCUUACCACCUCGUGGGAUUCGGAUCGGGAGGAGCGGUGGCUACGUUUUACGCGAGUCACUUCGUAACCCCUUCUCCGCGAUCGCUGCUCCUCCUCAACUCCUUCUCCUACGUCGACGCCUACCUGGCCGGAGUGCUGCACGACUGCAUGAACGUCUUCAACUGCGCUCCCGAGUCCAGGCCCGACUUGCCCGUAUACUUCCACGCCAGGUUUCUCUUCAGCCCGGCGUACCUGGGACAGGCAAGUUGUGUAUCGACACCGCUGGCGCUCAACAUAUACACGGCCGUACACAACCCGAUCUCGGUCAAAGGACGGCUGCAGCUCUGUAAGGGGGCGCUCGCGCACGUCGACACCCGCCCGGUGCUCUCCGAGAUAGACAUCCCCGUUGUCUGCAUCCAGAGCACCCAAAAUAACUUUGUCAAACCGUUGCACACCGACCCUUACGUCUCGAGGCGCGGCGGUGAGGUCCGGAGCAUCCACAAGGCUCUGCAAGACCCGAGCAAGACCUGUGUGGUGUGGAUGAACGCAGGGCACGAGCUGUUCCAGGAGGCCAGGAUCCAAACGACUACCCUCCUCGAACAGGCCAUCUCAGGAUACCAUGAGGGAAACGAUAUCGUCUACGCGAUGAGCCACCCGGAGUUUGCGGCCGCCACUGCCGCCGGCGCCGCCGCUGCCGGUGGCGACAAGUCCGCGGCCGUCGGCGGCGGGGCCAGCGGCAACGGUAUUAGCGGGGGCGAUACCUUCGAAGAUAGCUUCAUCGACAACGUCCUCGGCACCAUGUCCGACAUGCAGUCCGAGGCCCGCCACCGGGAGCGGGGGGACCUCUUGCGAGCCGGAGGCGGCGGCGGUGCCGGCGAGGACGGAAGCGCGAGCACGUUAGAUGCAGACGGCCGGGGGGGGGGAGAGGAGGACACAAACGCGGACAACACCGAGAUGGGAUCGGCGUGGGACGGCAGCCUCGGCGAGGUGUACGGGUCGUCGUGGGAAAAGUAUCGCUCGAGCGUGGCCGUCGCCGGUACGAACGCCGCCAACAGGGGUGGUCACUUCGGGAACACCGGCUGCGCCGGGAGCGCCUCGGACGAAGAAGAGCGAUGGCGGCGAGAUCGUCGGGGCAAGGGGAGACGACGGCGUGGUGGCGGGAAGCAGGGAGGCGACGGCAACGGGUGCGUGCAGGGGCGAAACAUCAUGGUUGGGACUGUGUUGGACGCGGCCCAUCCGGCGUUCGAGCGUCAGGAUAACCUGGUGUAUGGGUUUGGGCAGGGGAGCAAGGUUUAUCCACAGCCCGAGGAAUUCCCAGAGGUCAAAGAGUACAUGUCCUGGCGACUGAAGCGGAAUCGAAAGCGCCUGGUCCGCCUGGACCGGGCCGCGCGUAAGAUCCAAGGUGCAUUGCGCGCCUACCUGGCUCUGAAGAGGGCCCAGCUCAUGAGAGAGAACCGGGCGUGCGUCUACAUCCAGACCAUUUUCAGGGGUUGGCGCGGGAGGUUGAUGUUUCUGGAGAAGUUGAGGUCGGUGUGGGCGGCCCAGGUGGUGCAGAGGAACUGGAGGGGAUACGCCUCGCGGCGGUGGUUCCAGCUCCUCCGCCGGCAGCAAGCCGCGUGCGGGCACAUGCAACGCGUGUGGAGGGGGGCUCUCAUCCGGCGGCUCGUCAAGGCGACCAGGAGAAGGCGGGACCACGCGGCCGCCGUGAUCCAGUCCCUCUGGAGGGGCGUGUCCGGGCGGCGGUACGCGUUCCGCUGCCGAGAGGAGAAAUACAACGCUAUGACCAUCCAGCGCGUCUUCCGCGGGCACACGGGUCGCCGCCGGGCGGGGCGGGAGCGCGACAAGUACCUCUUCUCCAAGAGCCAGAGCCAGGGGAUAGACUUCGGCCGGCAGAUGCUACUCGAGCACAAGCUCCACGCGACCCGGCUGCAGAGCGACGUCCAGCUCCUAACGGGGGAGAAGGUCGGGGCGGAGGAGGCCGUGGAAGCGAUGAUGGAGGAGAUCAGCGAGUUCGAGGAGGCGGUGACGGUGCUCGAAAGGGAGAUGCACCAGCUGUCCAAGAUCGAGACCGAGGCGGUGGGGGUCCUCGACCAGGAGGCACGGCUGCUCCACAUGGAGAAAAAGCUUGCCACCCUCGACAGGACUCGCCUCGGCAAGGAGGAAGAACUGCGGACCUUGGAACGAAAGCUCGUCGUCCUCUUGGAAGAGCAGCAGCGGGAGCUGGACAACAUCCGCCGUCGCCAGGAAAAGAAAGGCGUGCUCUUGCUCACGGCGUCCGGAGACGGCAGCGGCGGCGGGCCGGGGGACAUGCUUUGCGGCGGCGGAGGCGGGGCGGGACCGUCCGCGCAGGACAAGCGGCAGGCGGCCCAGCUCAUGCAGUCCACGGAAACGCUCAUGAAGUUCGGGUUCAUGUCCAUGUCGAUGACCUACUUCAGCAGCCUCAACAUGAUACGCGCCAUGCGCAGCGUCGGAGCCACCGACACCGUCAUGGCCGCACUUGCGCACAACGCCAACGGUGCCGGUGGCGGCGGGGCGGGAAGCGGCGGCGGCGAUAGCGGGGGUGGGCGGGAUGACGGGCGAGCUCUGGCGCUGGAGCAGAACGAAAAGUUAGGGGCGGAGCCAUUCCGGCCCGCACUCAAGCCUGGGCAGCUCCCAGGGCAGGAACCGCUUGCGGUGUCUGCGUGGAGCGUUGAUGACGUCGCUCGUUGGUUGCAGGCGAGACAUAUCACGUUGCGGACGUUGACCUUGACGCAGUACCAGGAGGCCUUCAUCGCGGCGGCCGUGGACGGAGCGUUCCUGUACGACCUGAACGAUGACGACCUUAAAAGCAGCCUCGGAGUGGAGCACCGGCUGCAUCGCAAGAAAAUUCUAAACUCGAUCGGUCGCCUCAAGGCCGCCGAGGCGGAGAGAGUCCGACCGGUCGCUCUCAACUCGGGCUCUCCGGAGGGCUUUCAGCAGCAAUCAUUCGACCAAGGGUUCGACCCGGUCGUUCUGGGUGACGCUGGCGAGGCUUUGGGCAGGGUUGGGACGGCUGACGCGGGCGGCUUACCGGGAGCUAGUGGCGGUGGUAUUGGGGCCGUGUCGGUGCCGAUCAAAUUCAAGGAACUCCUGGUGCUCACACGCCGAGGCAAGUACAAGCAGAUCCGCGAGAUACUGGAACCGCUGCCCGAUCGGAGGUUUGACACGAGCACCAUUCGCGUCCCGUACGUGACCGGCUUCGGAACGGCGUACGUCGACGCCUACGAGCAGGAACCGUUCAAUCUGAACAAAACUGACGACCACGGCAAUACCCUUCUUAUAGUGGCGGCCCAAAAUGGCAACCUAAAGAUGGCCAAGCUCUAUGUCUACAAGGGGGCUAACCCUAACCACCAGAACAAGGCGGGACAAAGCGCCGGCCACUACGCCGUCAGCUAUCAAUUCUUCGAGAUGAGCGAGUGGCUAUUCCUGCAGGACGGGAACGGCGGCGGGGCCGACGACACCCUCGAGAACUCUUUCGGCCUGGGGCCGUACGACGGCCUUCAGCCGGAUGGCGGGGGUGGGGGCGGAGAGUUGAUGCUGGAAGGGGGGGGAACAAGACCAGUCAACAGAGCUCCAUAUCGUGCAAAUCCACGAAUGCAAGAGGUUAUUGACAAAUGCGUUGGUGAAAUGGAAGAAGCUGGGAUAAUCGAACAAAGAGCGAGCCCAUGGGGGUCAGCAGUAACGUUGGUAGCAAAAGCUGACGGCACUCCCCGAUUCUGUGUAGAUUACAGAGUGACGAUCAACAAGAAUCUAAUUCGUAAAUCGUGGCCAAUGCCUGAGAUGGCAAGUCAUAUUGACACAGUAGCAGGUGCUAAAUACAUCACAAUCUGCGAUGUACAAAGUGCACACCCCCAAAUACCAAUUGCCGAAGCAGAACAAGACAAGACUGCAUUCGUUACUCGGGACGGAAAAUGGGUUUUUGAACGACUCCCCUUUGGCAUCGCCAAUGUGCCUUUUCUGUUUCAACGCACGAUGGCAUUGACUUUCGCACAUUUUGGUCCACAAUCUGUUCUUCUCGUGAAAUUCAUCCCAGGCUUAGCCGCCGUCACCGCACCAAUGGUUGACCGUAAAGAAAGACGCAGUGAAAUCGGUAGCGAAACGCUGGGUUCCGAAACACGAUGAAGCAUUUGCCGAAGUGAAACGAUUACUCACCAACGCUCCGUUCUACAAUUUCCGGACUUCUCUAAAGAGUUCGUUUUCCACGUGGACGCAUCUGAAGUGGGAGCAGGAGCAUUCCUGGCACAACAGAAUGGCGAUGACGUGAAUAUCGAAGCAUACUUUAGCCAGCGAUUCAACAAAAGCCAACAACACUACUCUGCCA